AUGGAAUAUGCAGACGACAUCGUUCUCGUGUUCGAAGAGGAGGCGCAAGUACUCUUGGAUGAACUGAUCAAAGUCAUCCCGUCCUUUGGUAUGCACUUUGCACCCACAAAGUGUAAGGUCAUGCUUGUGGACGUGCAGUCACUGAACACGCCACUUACAAUCCAGGGAGAGGCACUGGAAGUUGUGGAGCGUUUUACGUAUCUUGGAAACGAUGGUGUUGGGUGUGAAACCGCCCCGAAUUCUGCGAAAAAGGCCCCGACUCCAUCUCGUGCUGGACGGGUAGCUCCAACCAACCGUCAGAGCCGCCACAGUUUACGUGCACACUCAGUCGCUGCCCCUUGGAUGACUCCUAAUCGAACCUCUGUGUCCACACUAUUCAACUUCCGUCCCGCUCCACACUAUAGCUCUGUCAUUUUCAAAUCUCCUAUUCGGUCCGGUAGUAUUAAAGUUGAACCGCGUAUCCUGGAUCUCACCGAGCCUCCGAUGAGUCAUACCGUCAAACGAGCAUUACGCAUGCUUGAGUCUAAAAAGCGUACGUGUGCCUCUGUUUCAUCCGAUGUCUCCUCGCUGCCCGCUUCGGAUGACGAUGAUGUGUUGCUUAACACCUCUAAGCGCCGAAGACUCCAAACGCCAGUUCCUAAUUCUCAUGAGGACUAUGACGUUUCAGCUAUCGGAAAUACCCACAGUUCGGAUGGAUUCCACUUCACGUCUAUUGGACAGCUUCGCGGCACCGUUCCUUCUUUGCGCAGAGACCACUUAACAGUUUCUGUUGGUUCCGCAGACGUGAAUAGGUCGACAGCAGUGCUACCCAAUGGAUCAACCGAAAGUUACUUGACCGGAGGUCCUGUUGAUAGAUCAAGUUCGACCAAGCCGACACCAGACCCAUUCCGAUCGCCCAUCUCCGCGGAGGCGUCUAUUAGACGACGCAUACCAUAUAUGUCACCUGCCGAGCUUGAUGCUUUAUUCAACGCUAAGUGUAAACCAAUUGCUGUAGCGAUGGAAGAAGGAGAACAGAGUGGUUCCGAUCAGGAGGAAUUUGAAUUGCCUAGUUUAGGACGGCAGUUUUCUGAAAGACGGGCACCGUCUACGCAAAAUGUUUCUCCUCAUCCAUCCAGAGAUACUGGUACCCCGUUAAUAGAAACCACCACGUCUGCUACCAUUGAUGAAGUUUCAGAUAAGCGGCCUCCUUCGUCGAGGGUCAACUCUGUGGCCCGUUUCAUCGCCAAUCUCGAAGCCUACGGCUCCAAGGUGAGCACAGGUGAUGGUUCCGGAAUCAAUCUGUCACCGUCCAUUCGUUGCCUUUCCCCGUCCGAGAUGAGCGCACGUGUCUCCAGAAUCCGCCGGCUACUUAGUUCCCCGUCUGUAUCAGAAGCUACAGGGACUGUAGCUACCACACAGGUCAUGUCAUCUUCUGUGAGUUCGGUUCCAAGUGCACUUCCUGCUUUCUCGAUGAUAACAUCGAUCCCUCCUAUUGUGUCCCUAUCUGCGUCUACCCUGUCAAACACCAGUGUUACGACCUCGGCUGGCACAUUUACCCAGCCCGCCUCCACGGGUGCACCCACUGUUGUCACGGCUUCACUGCCUUUCGCUUUCACGUUCCCCCCUGUUUGUCUGGCCACCAAAUCACCAGCUGCCUCCACGGUGCCUCCGACCACUACCGUUGCUUCGCUGCCAACGUUCACACUGCCGGCCUCGUCCACGACCACGGCAUCUGUUAGUUCUGCCCCGUCAGUUUCUAAUUCGUCUGCCAACGCAACGCCUCCAUUUUGCUUUCCGGUUGUUACGUCAACGCCGGGAAUUACCACUCCAUCCUCUGUCGUUCAACCGAAUUCUGUGAUCGAGAAACCAGACUCUGGUGCGUCGGUUGUAUCUGCUUCGGUCACGAAUGCUUUCGUGCCUAGCUGCCAUGCCACCCUAAAGGAGCACGAGGGCUGGGAUACUGCCAGGUUGCCGAAGCCUAGACAGGGGAAAUCGAGAGGCAGGGGUCGGGUUCGAACCACGGACCUUCCGGUCAGUAAAUUCGCGCCCUUACGACUGAGCCAUCUCGCCCCCUGGAAACAGGCCAGAGCAGCUUUUGCGAACCUACGUCACCUGUGGCGUAGGCCUGACAUCAGCUUCUCUGUCAAGGGUCGAGUUUACAAUGCUGCGGUGCGCUCCAUAUUAUUAUAUGGAUCAGAAACCUGGCCGCUGCGCGCCGAGGACGUCAAAAGACUUUCAGUAUUUGACCAUCGAUGUCUUCGGAGCAUUGCCCGAAUCUGGUGGGAACACCGGAUCAGCAGUUCUGAAGUACGUCGAAUGGUAUUCUGGAAAAAUAACUCACCCUCGAUCACACUGCAUAGGUUGCGCUGGCUUGGCCACGUGUUGCGUAUGCCAGUCGACCGACUUCCUCGAAGGGCUCUUUUCGCACAACCACAUGAAGGGUGGAAGAGAUCUAGAGGCGGUCAAACAAUGACUUGGCAGCGAAUCCCCGCGGUAACGUCUGUCGCCAACUGUCCGAAUUUGUUCAACUUCGUUUCGACGCCCACUAGCCAACCACCAGCUACAACUACCGCCACAGUCACCACACAAAUGAGCACGACCACAGGUACUGCUGCUCCUCUCUUCUCAUUUUCGACUAUUCCAGCAGCCACGACGACCGGUACCACUGCCCAAACACAACUGAAAACAUCCGUUAGCCAGUCAUUUACUUUCGGGUCUUUGACUAGCUGGUCCUCACCAAAGCCGGUCUCAACUCAGGCCGCUGUCACCACUCCGUCUGUCUCUUUGCCUCCAUCAUCACAAAGUGAGACCAAAACGAGUAAUGGGACACUCGUUACAUUCUUGGCCCCUACCACAGCAACAUCAACAGGUAGCGCCACAGGAUUCAAUUUCUCCAUUCCAGCUGCCACAAGCACCAGUACCACUGCUAGCGUCGGGUUCAGUUUUGCAACCGCACCACUAAACACAACCACCGCGUGUGCGACCACGACCACCGCUACACUACCAACAUCCUCGUUGUUCCAGACUCCAACAACAACAUCGACUGGUGGUACACUGAAACCCGUUUUCUCAUUCCCGUCGUUGAGUUCCGCCUCCAGUACGCCGUCAACGUUCGGACUUGGUAAGCCUUUGGCCACCACAACUGCAGCCGUAACGACAACGAUGACUAUCACCACCACGACCAGCAGUAGCCCAAUGUUCAAUUUUGGCUCUAAACUCGGUUCAGCACCAACCUUUGGUCUCUCCAGCUCCACACCGUCUACGACCACCACAACCUCGUCAGCAUUCGUGUUCGGCAAAGCAGACAAGCCAGCUCAACCUAGCACGGUAUUUAGCGCGUUCGGAGUAGUGUCGACAGCUCCCACGACCCUCAGCACGACAUCCGCAAAUCUCUUUACACUCGGCGUGAAACCGGCCACAGUGGCAGGACCGGUAACCUUCACGGCUCCGACACCGUCCACCACAUCCAGUUGGUUUGGAACGCCGACGGCUAACUUUGUAGCACCAGCUUUCGGUGUUCAUGCAGCUACAACCGCAGUCAGUACGACGUCAGCGAGCGGAUUUUCUUUCGCUUCGAGUGCCACAAACACCACGGGCCUUCCGAGUGUUGCAACAGCUCCUGGGCAGUUGUUCCAGUUUGGUGCUUCCUCAUCGGGGAAUCUUUUUACGGCCACCACAACAACCAGCAGCCCAUUGGCUCCAGCCGCUUCAGCAUCACCUGUGUUUGCCUUCGGUCAUCAAGCAACUACUACCAGUCCGUUCCAAACAGCAAUCUCCUCUGCCAACUCUAUCAUCCCCAGUUUUGAAAGUCCAAAAACCUCAACUGCCACUUCAGCGCCAUUCCAGUUUGGGGCUUCCCAGUCUGGGUUUAAUUUUGGACAAACUUCACUGCCAGCGGCACCAACAGCCACCGCAUUUGGUACGACGCCGUCAUCUACCACCGGAUUUGUUUUCGGUCAGAUAUCAAAUGCGUUCGGCAGUCAGCAGCAGCAACAACAACAACCGGUUGCCAACAAUCCGUUCGCAUUUGGCACCACUCCACCGAAUCCCUCGGGCGCUAUCGCCACCCCGCGACGACGGGUUACGGCGGCUAGAUCCAGGCGGCGACCUUAG